UAUAUUAUAGGGCUUGAUACUUUCAUACCAUCUCUCGCUCCCGCGGAACGGAACGCCGACGACCGAAGACGAGCACAUAAUCUAGACGAUACGAUACUAACCAGUGCGGUGGCCAGUUAAUGUGCUCCAUCCGGGGAACCCACUUGCGACCAGCGGACGCUGCGCCACAGCCAGAGUUCCGGGAUUAAAGGGCGGCGCAGCAGUAGAUUCUCUGGAUUCUCGAUUCUCUCUGGGAUCUCUAGACAGCAGAAGAAGCAUCGUCCAAGUUCUCUAGAUUUCCAGACGCAGAUGCCCAAUGGCCGAUCGCGUUAUGUGCCAGGAACUGGCGACGCCCGGGAGUCACCACUAUCGUCGCCCCAAAUCGAAUGGUUUGGCGGCGAGUCCCCAUCAAAUGGUCUAUGCCAAUGGCGGGGGAUCCUGGCGAGCGGCGCCCAGGAAUCAGAGGCUUCCAGGAACUGGAAACAAAUAUAUGGGAAAGUCCAGUGUAGUGGAGGAGCAGCAGCAGCAGGCGGCGGAAUCCGAAAUGCUGGCCACACCGCGAACACCCAAGCAGUCCCGCAAUAAAAGUGAAGAUGCCAUCAAUGAUCUCCUGGUGCGAAUACCCGACAUUGGCAAGCUGUUCGAUGUUCACAGCCGGAUUGGCAAUGGCACCUUUAGCACCGUCUUGCUGGGAACUCUGCGCAGGGAAUCGCAUCUGCCGGACAGUCUGCGUCGCAAGUUCGCCAUCAAGCAUCAUAUACCCACCAGUCAUCCGGAUAGGAUAAUGAAGGAGCUGCAGUGCAUGACCAAGAUGGGUGGCACCGAGAACGUGGUGGGCAUCCACUGUUGCCUGCGCUGCGACGCCUCCGCCGCCUUUGUGAUGCCCUACAUGGCGCACGACCGUUUCCACGACUUCUACACGCGCAUGGAUGUGCCCGAGAUCCGUUUGUAUAUGCGCAAUCUGCUGGUGGCCCUCCGGCAUGUCCACAAGUUCGAUGUGAUCCAUCGCGACGUGAAGCCUAGCAAUUUCCUCUACAAUCGCCGACGUCGUGAGUUUCUGCUGGUUGAUUUUGGCCUGGCCCAGCAUGUGAAUCCUCCUCCGGCAAUGGGAUCUUCUUCUGCCGUCGUCAACAGUCAUAAUAAUAGCAAGCGGCCGAGGGAACGGGAUGCCAUGGAGGCAGUGCAGCAGCAGAUUGCACCAGCGGAUGCUGGCCUGGGCGGAGCUGUGAAGCGCAUGCGUUUGCAGGAGGACGUCAGCAAGAUGCCUCUAAAGCCAGUCAAUGAUAUUGCCGAACAGCAUCAGCAGCAGGAUGGCUCUAAUCCCGUCCAGCCAGUGCAACAGCCAGUGCAGCAGGGGCAACAGCAGCAGGUGGAUCAAGCACCCUCCUCAUCUGGCAGCAAGUACAAUACAAAUCGCAAUGCCGCGGGAUCGUCGAAUGCAAACAAUGCCAAGUGCUUUUGCUUUGCCAAUCCAUCCGUUUGCCUCAACUGCCUGAUGAAGAAGGAGGUUCACGCGUCGCGUGCUGGAACUCCUGGCUAUCGGCCGCCCGAAGUGCUGCUCAAGUAUCCAGAUCAAACGACCGCCGUGGAUGUUUGGGCAGCUGGAGUGAUUUUCCUAUCAAUCAUGUCAUCUGUAUAUCCCUUCUUCAAAGCACCCAAUGAUUUCAUAGCGCUUGCGGAGAUUGUAACGAUAUUCGGGGAUCAGGCGAUCAGGAAAACUGCUCUCGCUUUAGAGCGCAUGAUCACGCUCAGUCAGCGAUCGAGGCCAUUGAAUCUGAGGAAGCUGUGCCUGCGCUUUCGCCACCGUUCCGUCUUCAGCGAUGCCAAGCUGCUCAAGAGCCACGAAUCCGUGGACGGGCGAUGCGAGGUGUGCCGCAACUGCGAUCAGUACUUUUUCAACUGCCUGUGCGAGGAUAGCGAGUAUCUGACGGAGCCGCUGGAUGCCUACGAGUGUUUUCCGGCCAGCGCCUAUGAUUUGCUGCAUCGCCUGCUGGAAAUAAAUCCGCACAAGCGGAUCACCGCCGACGAGGCGCUGCAGCAUCCGUUCUUUACGGCCGCCGAGGAGGGGGAACAAACAACGGGGGAUCAGGAGGCGGAUGGAACACCCAGGAAGAUCCGGCGGCAGAGAUAUCACAAUCACAAGACGGUGGCCGCCACGCCGGAGCAACUGAAGCAGCAGGUGGCCCUCGAUCUGCAGCAAUCGGCCAUCAACAAGCUGUGAAACUAGUCCUCACAUUAUCACACACAUUUUGUAUAUAAAACUAUACCCCAAGUCACAUGUCACGAUUGUAUAUACCACGCACACCCAUCUGAAAUCCCAGAAGAACCAGAAGAAACUCGUCCAGUGUACACAAGUGUCCAAGUGGCCACAUCUACUUACCUCAAGCUGCAGGAAGAAUAACCAAAAAAACCAAAUGGAGCACAUAUAUUUAUAGGAAAAACGUUUCAAUCAUGAACAAUAGGAAAAGGAAUACCAAAAAAGCUAGGAGAGAAUGAUCAUGAAGAUUAUGGCCGCCAAGGAUUGUAUAUUGUAUGGGCUGGAAUCCGCGAAGGCAAGCCAGCAAACCAACAAAGAAAGUGCAUGGAUGCACUAACCAUCAUGUUGUAUAGUUCGAAUAGUCUUAGCCUAGACCUAAGUUUAAUUAUUGUAUAUCCGAGAGCCGCUCGAGCGGAGAUAUAUGAAGCGAAAAUAUAUUUAUACCAUGAAGAAUGAAUGAAAUUGAAAA